AUAAAGAUUGCACGUGGCUCUGUGGCCAAUCAGGAAAGAUUAGAUGCACAUUCUACAUACGUACAUAGGUGGGGGCUGAAAGGAGCUUGGGCCCAGUCCUCCUCUCCGACUCUGUUGAUUUGGCAUCACCUCAUCAUUCCUCUCCCAAGGGGAACCCCAUACGAGUUCCGUCUUCAAGAAGAGGAAAGCGUGCCGAGAUAACCAGUAUCAUGGCCCGCCUGCUAGCCGACCCGCCGAUCGCGGAGGACCCGUCGGGCUUCGACCUGAUCAUCAAGCACGGGCACCAGGACCUCGUGCAGGCGGUGGCGUUCAACACGUACGGCGACCGGUGCGCGACGGGGUCCGUGGACGGGCGCGUCCGCGUGUUCAACCGCCACCGCGAGGGCGUCUGGCGCCACUGCGACAACUGGACCGCCCACGGCGGCGAGAUCCUCGACCUGCAGUGGCUGCCCCCCACCGUCUACCCGAGCCUGCUCGCCAGCCUCGGCGUCGAGGGCCGGUUCAAGCUCUGGGCCGAGGACCCGGCCGCCGUGGCGGGCCGGAGAUUUGCCAGCGCGGCCCGCAGCGGCGGUGGUGGCGGUGGAGGGGGUGGGGGCCCGGGAUCCGGGUCCGGGGCAGGGUCGAGCCGGGAUGCGCCCUCCAAGGCAGCGUUCGAAAUGAGGUCCGGAAGCGGCGCGCCGUUCCGGUCGUUUGCGAUGAAGCACGACGAGGAGACGAGGCACACGUACCUCGCGCUCCUGGCGGCGGACGGGACGCUGUCCGUCUUCGAGAACGAGCAAGUCGAGAACCUCAGCAACUACGCCCACCUCGACGAGUGGGACGUCUUCGAUGGGCCCGGCGGCGGGGCCCACGCAGCUGGUACCGGUGGCGGUGGUGGUGGCGCGACCGGAGGCGCGGGCAUGGGGGGUUCGUCGUCGUCGCAGAUGACGUCGGGCGGCCCGCCGGCGCGCGGCGAGGAGACAGCGUUCCGGGUGCGGUUCGACCCAAACCCCGAGGUGUGCUACACUGCGCUGCGGGCGGGUGUGCCGACGGACGCGCUGGGCCUGGUGGUGGCGGCGAUGGAUGGCGUCAAGAUCUACCGGACGCGCGACACGCUCAAGUCGGUGCUGGGCCUGUCGACGCCCGGGAGGGAGUUCUACCUCGCGGCCGAGAUCGGCGGGCAUAGGGGCCUCGUGCGGGACGUCGCAUGGGCGCCGGGGAACAUCCGCGGGUACGACAUCAUCGCGACGGCGUGCCAGGAUGGGUUUGUCAGGGUGUUCAGGCUGGAUACACCGGUGGCGGGUGGAGACGGGCGGGGGGGCUGGUCGGCUGCGGGGCUGAAGCAGCACGCUAAGAGGGCGUCUGAGGAUGACGCCGGCAGGCAGGGCGGCUUGUCGGAGGGGCAGUCGGGCAUAAGGGCCGGGCUGCACAGGUCGCGCACGCACGAGGACCGGCGGCCGAGCGGGCAGCCGGGGCAGAUCAGGCAUGUCGUCAAGGAGAUUGCCAAGCUGGAUAGCCACCGCACGCCGGUCUGGAGGGUGGGGUUCGACGACGACGGCCAGAUCCUGGGGAGCGUCGGCGACGAUGGGAGGCUGAUGUGUUACCGCCAGACGUCCGAUGGUUCCUGGGCGAAGAGCUCCGAGCUUUCCAUGGUGAAGAUGAAGAUGGCUGCUCCCUAAUCCCCGGCAGUCUUACCACCUCUGGCCGAAGCGUCAAGGCAAAUUCUAUUCAAGCGGAUAGGGGUCGUUCUCCGGCCCCGCUACGCAACAAACGACAAAUUGGCUGGGCUAUUCCCAGCGGCAAGACGUCGUCAAGGCGGAAUGUGAAAUGUAUAACAUUUUCUACAAUUCAAGAGAGG